AUGCGUCGUGCCUUCACGUUUGACGAAGAUCUCGAGAUCCUGUGUUAUUUCCUGAGUUUCUGUAGUUAUCGCCACAAGUUUGGCAACUCUGUGUGGAAAGACGCCAUCUUGAACGGCGUCUUACCGCAUCGGUCGUGGCAAAGCAUUCGCGAACGGUAUUUGAAACACGUUCGCCCGAAACUUAGUGACUUCGGUGCUUACGGGCUUUUGCCCAGAGUGCAGGAAUGUAUUUUAAAUUAUUCGGAGCCCGACGAAAACGUCAAGAAAGACGUUGAAACGUUCCUGGUUUCGCAUAAGAAGGUUCAGAAGAGAUGGGUGGAGCAGCGAACGAAACCGCGACAAACCCACGAGAAAGUCUACACCCGACCUUUAUCGGGUGAUGAAGACUCGGAUUCGAAUGAAGUGCCCGCUGUCGUCAAACCCAAGAAGGAUAUUGUCGGUCGUAAAGCAUCGCGUGCUCCUCGUCCCUGGACGUCUAUUGCGGAUGAAGAGGACGAUGGGCCGUGUCAAACUUCCAGGAAGCGGAAGAAAAUACUUACGUCGGACGUCGAUGCCGCAGAAGCCGCAUGUGAAGAAGAAAAUGUCGCACGCGCGGGUGAUGAAGACUCGGAUUCGAAUGAAGUGCCCGCUAUCGUCAAACCCAAGAAGGAUAUUGUCGGUCGUAAAGCAUCGCGUGCUCCUCCGGCUGAUGAAAGCUCGAAAAUCGCUGAGGCGAAAAGACCGUCAAGGAUCAAGAAGAGUCCAGUUGUUCGAAGGGCCCUUCGAGUUCCUCGCCUUGUGGAUGGUCAAGCGGCCGAUGAACAACUUAUUCCAGCACAACCUAUUCCAAGCGAUGAAUUUCCAGCGACAAGUACAGUCACGCAAGACGAUGCGUGCAUCAGAGCCUCGAGCAAUCUGGAUUCAAGUCAAGAAAGGGCAGCUGAUGAAGACGUCGUGCCAGCUUCUCCAAAAGUCGUUGUGCAGAAAAUGCGUCUGCGGAAUUCGCAGGUUAUUGGCAACGUGGAAACGUCGGUUUCUCGUGUGCCUGAGACUGCCCUUAGCCUCGGGAACUUACGUACCCCAUUGAGAAGUGCUGAACCUGAUGGGACUCUUCCGAAUUUUGGAACCAUUCGUGGAUUGAGUUCUCAAUCGCAAGAGGCUUCCGAAAUUCUCUUCGCCCCGGCCAAUGAUGUGGAGUUGCCAACUUCUACAGAAGCUGAUGUCGCUCCAACGGUCGAGGCGGAAGAGGUCAUGACGACACCUGCAGUUGCUCUCCCCGAUGAACAGGCUGCCAGUAAUGAAACUGUAGCACUGCAAGAGGUCAACACGCAGUCCCAAAGGCCGCUGCUUCGGACACCUGAGGAAUUAAGUUAUAUUGACCAUCUGCUCUCGUCGUUGUGUGAUGAUGAAGAUGUUCCCGAGAACGUUGGAAAUCUUGGAAUGCCUACGCAAUAUUCAAUGGAUACUGCUGAAGUUUUGGCCGGUUUAGCUGAUGGAGAUUCUCGACGUGCAACUCAAUUCGGAAUUGGAGGAUCAACGCAAGAAACGAGGGAAUCGAACCGGCCUGUGAGAGAAGUUCGAGCAUCUUCGAAUAUCGUUAUCAAUCGCGAGUCUUUACCAUCAUCAUCAGGCGUUGGUUUGUCUGCACGUGAACGCCUGAAGCAACGCAUAGAAUCGAUGCCGGAAGAAGAAAUACAAAUCUUGCUGCAUUUGUACGAAACUGACGUAAAACGGAGAAAGCGUGAUGACCAGGUCACAUGUGAAGUGGCCAUUCCGGAUGAACCUGUUGUCGAGAGUCAUCCUAGAAAUGACGAUGGAGCACCCAGAGAGUCUGUUAUUGAUAUGACUGAGGUUACAAAUCCUGUCAUGGAAGCUGACACGGAUGCACGUAUUUGUGCAAAUCUUGAAGCAGCCUCUGAUUCCUUGAACAUGGAGGACUUGUUGGCACGAUUGAAUCCUGACUUUGUCCCUGAAAGAAAUGAAAAUGUGGAACGAAUCGAUCGUCUAGUUCCGUACGAAAUGACGGAUUCUGAAGACGAUGCUCCGGAGUUGAACAAUCUCGAAGCUAUUCAGCAUCCGGAAACUGCGUCCGGCAGUUCGCCGAUUUCACAAAAGCCUCAUCGUCGCAAACAUGAAUCGGCGAAAGUUAAAAGAAAAAGAAAGGGAUGCAGAAAGUCUUCAAGCAAGAGUGAGCAGACAGCAGUAUCCGUGCAAGAGACAAUGGAUAGCAUUCCUCAGAAGGCAUGAUGUCGAGUGGAUUUUUUACUUGUGUGUUGCGUGUCAUGUUUCUUUUCACUUCCCGCUUCAUUAUGGUCAAACUUUGGAUUUAGACGAGGCGUAUAUCUAUGCCUACGAUGUCGACUGGAAGACACUUUGUAGCUGGUUCAACUCGGGAGAAAAUUAUUUGGACGAGUGGUAUGAUUUUUUUUUUGAUUUGCUGGUGUUUUUUUGAGCUUUGGUGUGAGAAGAGAUGCUGUACCGGCGUUGUUGAGGGUUUGACUGA